AUGGCGCCGGCGACGAUGAUUCAGACCCCUCUGCGGUCCGGUCGCACGGGCGACCUCGGCGGUAACCUCGCGCGCAUAGACCGCGAGCUUCGGCGCAUCCGGUUCCCCGUCGCCUUCGACGAGGACGGCGCCAGGGAAGGAUCGCCCAUGGCCCUGCUUCCCGCGCUGCACUACGCGAUGUUGGGCUUCAGCCGGCACGUCACCCGAUCGCUGUCCGACGAGGGGCACGACCUGCAGGCCAAGAGCGACUCGCGGUUCGUGGAGAACGCGUGGAAGGCGCUGAGGGAGUCCUUUCACUACAACCCCACGCUCACGCCGACCCAGUUCCUCUCCCCCGGGUUCGCGGAGCGCAAGCUCUUGCUGCUCGCCGACGCCAUCGAGCUGUGCAAGCGUCGUCACAACGAGCACGCCAGGGCCGCGCGCGCCGCGGACGUCAAGGCGGUCGUCGCCAAGGAGGGCGGACCCCGCGUCGCGCGCGAAACGCGCGUGAAGGACACCGCGGACGGCGGCAGGGCGGAGGAGAGGAAGCAGAGGACGCCGGGGAGGCCCAUCCAGAUCAGACGAGACCCGCCCGCAAACGCGGCGACCCUGGCGCGCGGCGUGGCCAACCUGCGCGUGUCCACCGAAGAUAACGAGCCGCGGACCGCGGAAAACUCGGACGACGACGACGACGACGACGACGACGGCAACUUUGAGUUUCGUCCGAGCCCGAGCCCAAACCGUUCGCGGCCGCCGCUCGCCGACCUCGCCGCGUCGGGCGACGCUCCCCCGUGGUUCGCGCGGUCCGCCGCCCUGCGCAGCCAGGCGAGCAGCAUCGCGAUCGACCCGACGCACGACGAGAGAGACUCGUUCACGGUGAGGGAGUCGCGCGAGAGUGCCCGGGCAGAUGAGAGGUUGGAAGGCCCAACGGAGGAGUCGGCGUCGGACCGGCGCGGGGAUACGGCGAACCUCUCUCCUGGCGGCGAACACGUCGAACCGGCGAUGAGGCUCGGGAGCGUGCGACGCAGCGGCGGGUUCCCGGACGAGAACGAUCCACGCACCACCGCGCCCACAACGACGACGCCCGCGGUGGACCACGCCCCGGCGAUCGAGACGUUGCGGGUCGAACUUAUCGCGUUGGUAUCUCGCGUCGCCGACGCCGAGGCGAGAGCCGCCGACGCCGAACGCCGCGCCGCCGUCGCCGUGGACGUGGCCAACAACGCCGAGAGACGGGCGUCCAUGGCGGAGGAUGCCGCGGCGGACGCUAGGAAGGAGUGCGACGCCAUCGCCCAGAGGGUCGCGGCGGCAAACGCCGGGCUCGCGGAGCACGGCGCCCGAGCGUUUCUGCUGGAGGGCCGGGUUCGGAUCCUGGAGGAGUCGGCGAGGAGGAGACACGACGACGUGGACGACGUCGCGGACGACGGCGGCGACGGGGCGAAGAGGCCCGCGUCGGAAGGAGCACCCGCGACGAACGACGACGACGAGGCUCCCGCGAUUGCCCCCGCGGCCGCGCCGACGCCGCCCCGGUCUCCUCGCGCAUCCGCGGGAGGAGCAAUCGCCGCCGUCGAGUGGCCGAACGUGCGCGACUCGCCGUGGGCGUACCGUUCCCCGCCGAACGCGCGGUCGUCCGUGAGGGACUCGGACCAGAGCUACUUCGCCCCACCCACCGUCGCCGGCGUGGCGGCUGGGGUGUUCGCGGACGACGACGCCGCGAGCGACUGGGACGCAACCGUGAACUCGUCGGCGGAGUGGGGCGAGGCGAGUCCCAUUCGGUCGGCGGUGAAGGGUUCGAGGGCGGGCGGGGUGGGCGCGGGACGCGACGCGCGGGACGCCAAGCCCCCGGGCAUCGAUGCCGGAGCGUUCGUCGACUACUACUCGAAGCUGCUCAGCACGACCGAGGAGACGCUGCGAAAGACCAAGGGCGCGGAGUAG